GGCAGCUCGGGCGCUACGUCACUGGGUCCUUGAUGACUUUGAGCCCCAUCGGAGGUGUCCGUCUCACUGCUAGCUCGGCCGCUGCGCGUAGUGGAAGGACGCGCCCUCACUGGCUGCCAUGAGGAGUUUCCGUGGCCUGUGCCUGGCGGCGGGAAACUGUCUGAGAUUAGGUGAAAGAGAAGUUUUCCCUUCUCUCAGGCUGUCCAGAAAAGGAGAUUUGAAGAUGAUGAAAGGAUUUUGUACAAAACCACAGGAAAAUUCAAAAGCACAAUCUCAGACUUCAGAGGUUUAUAAAUCUAGAGUGCCAUUACACAAGCCUACUCCCUGGGAAAAGAAGAUAAUGAUCUGGUCAGGCCGUUUCAAAAGAGAAGAUGAAAUCCCAGAGACGAUCUCGUUUGAGAUGCUUGAUGCUGCCAAGAAUAGGGUCCGGGUCAAGGUCAGCUACAUCAUGAUUGCCCUGACUUUACUGGGAUGUGCCUUUAUGGUUUUUCAGGGAAAACAGGCUGCCAAAAGACAUGAGACCCUAACAAGCCUCAACUUAGAAAAGAAAGCUCGUUUGAGAAAGGAAGCAGAAGAAGCCCUGGAGUCCAAAACUGAGUAGAGGUUACAGACUUGAAGUGGUUUGAUGGGUAUUUAAAACUCAGCAAGAGCAGUGUGGCAGGCACAUGCCUACCUGGCAGGGAAUGUGUUGUGGGGAAACUAUUGCAUAAAAGUGUGACUUGUACCAGUGCCCUUUUGCUGUGUUCUGUAGUAGCAUCAAUAAACUGUCUCACCAAAACAGCUUGUCUAGUUUUUCACAACUGAUCAGGGUUUGAACCAAACACAGCCCUUGACCAUUUGAAAAACCAGAACAAUAAAAGUGGUAUGAUUUAGCUCAAAUACUCAUUGUUCAGAGUUCUGGAAGAUUUAUGUUUUGUUCAAGGGCACAAGUAUUAUUUUUCUUUCACAUCACAUAAAAAUAUUUUAUUAUAGUUUUUAAUGAAAAAUCUGUGGGGCCUACUCUGUUUUGAGGUACCAUUUUUCUGAGUACUCAGCAAUGCGGCCCAGAGAGAGCUAGAUGAGGACCAGCUGAAGGUCCUGUUAGGAAAAUAAUGAUAAAAAUAUUUCUCCACUCAGCUUUUUUGCGCAGUCAAAACAGGAAUCAGGUGUGCAACCUAAGCACAAGAUGUGGUAUCUGCGUUACACCCAAGCUGCUUGAGGAUCCUAGAAGUUAGAGAGUAGUGGGUAAUAGGCCAGCAGGAAAGGCCUUAGUCUUGUGAUGAUGUGCCACCAGAAUUUGCAGAGACCUAGUUGUAAGUGACCAAUUCCUACUCAUCAUCAUCAUCCAUUGGAGAGCCUGCCACAGAGAUAGCCGUGUACCUUCUCUUCCUGGUUUAGGAGCUCUCUCUGUCACUUCCUGAGUACAGAAGGACAUAGCUAGUGAAUAAGCCCAAGGAAAGAGUGGCUGAAACCAAGCCUUCUCUCCAUUGGUCAGCGGCAGCUUAUUUCCCAUUACUCUGUAACUUCCAGGACCAUCAAACAGCUUUGGGGGGCUUAAGCUGCACACCUGACUCUUACCUGCUUCCUUGUGCAAAAAAUAAAUCAGUUGUGAAAUGUUUUCAUAAUUACCUUCUGGUAUAAAUAAAUGGAUUAACAGAAGUUUUUGCACUCUUCUUUUUCACACACACAGAAUUUGACUUAAGGUACAAUUAUCUAUUAAACAUGUAUGUAUAAUUUCCAUUUUGAACAUUUGCUAUUUAUUCUCACAUACUUCCUGAGCAUCAUUUGGUAGAUAACCUUUAACCAUCACCCUAAAACUCAAUUUUUCUUCACAAAGAUUGAAACUAGAAAUUAUUUGGUAUUAUUGUUUUAGGACUGAUAAGAUAUUUAGUUAAGAUCACACAUGAUACAUCGAUAGCAUCGCAGAUGCAUGUUCUUUUCCAUUGACUCCUGUUUAUUUUUUAUUUAAAUGUAAUUUGACUUUGAUUUCUUGCUACACUAAAUAUGAAAACUAUUUUACCUUUGGCACUAAUAUAUAUAUUUAUAGAUUAGAAUGUUGCUGUCUUAAAAGAUAAAGUAUUUCUUGAUAGAAGACUACCAUUUAAAGUUCUUGAAUCACAUUAUAUCUUUACCUGAGCAAUACAUUUCUUGAAAUAAAUUUAUUCUUUAAAUUAAAAGUU